GAGCAGAUAGUGAAUACUCUGGUAUAGCGAAGUGUGAAGAAGACCGUUGAGGAUGAUACAACCCGAAGCUAAAAUGAGUGCAGGUCACGGGACCGGGAAUAGCUUCAUCUUUUCUCUUUCCGGCAGAGCUUCGCCGUCUGCCAUUCGCCCGCCCUCGUCGCUUUGUCGCUGCGCUUGUCGAACUGCUUAUUCUCGAUGUCGUGAAUUGUUUCCUGUGUUUUCUUCCUCUUCCAAUUCUCUUCUCGUACGUUCUCUUCUCGUGUCUACUUCUCACUGCCUCGGACAACACCCCGAGUCUACUGCAAUACAAUAGCGCCAUGGAUUUGCGCAGCAUCAUCAACACCGAAAGCGCUUCCAAUUCCGACUCCUCUUCCGCUGAGAAUCGUCCUCCCGCACAUGAGCGACCGUCGUUCGCUGCUCCUGCGCCUCCCGCGACUCCCUAUGCGCCCUCUUCGCGUGAUUCAUUUGCGGCAUCUGCGCCUUACAACCAUCCUCAACCCCAUCACCAACCGGUCGAACCAUUGAGCUCUCCCUAUACACCGCACUCUGCCAGUGCUGGGGUCCAACAGCACUCACCGCAACAAUCGUUCGCGCCGAAGCGGUCUCAAUCCAUUCAAUCUGUCCUUUCCUCCGACCCUGCUCCCAGCUACCCAUACCACCCCAAAGAUCACUCUCCCGUCGCCGCGCCACAGCCCUUGCCAUCGCAGCAAUUUUCGCCUCGCGCUCAAGGAUCGUUGCCAGGAACACCUCUUGGUCCGCCUCCAGCGUUUGCGCGCAGUUCUCCCUCCUCCGUGCGCCCCCAGUCAUCCGGCCACGAGUCCCAACCAGGCCAACCCCCCAGUUCUUGGAUCCGGCAAGACUCCGCUCAUAGUCACGAUCAAAAGCCACACGUAUCCCCUUCUACGCAAUCGCGACCUUCCUGGCAGGAUUCGAAACCUGUGGAACAGACCCCGCGACACCAUUCAACCGCGUCGGAGAAGGAGCACGAGGAGACUGUGAGCCCGAGGACCGUCGGCACCCCGCGUACUCGCCAAGGAAGCUCUAUAGGACCUGCGGACCAGGCUGCUACGCUGUCUGCACGGAGUCAUAGUCACAGCGAAGAGCAAGGUUGGAAACAGAGUCCUACAAGGUCCUUAUCCCACUCUUCGCAGCAGCAAUCGCAACAAUACCAACAACCACUCGUGGGACUGGAGGACAAGGGUCAGUCAUUGCCAUCACAAAUGGACACCACGCCUGAUAUGACAGCAAGUCCCAGUUCGCAGCCGCCCCAGCGUAAGAGGAGACGCUUCAAUGAACCGCCUAUCUAUGCGCAAAAGUCCCGCCACGCCCGCGGAACAGGCCCUGUCAUCAAGAACCCACUCCCACCGAUUCCGAAACACAUGCGAAAUUCACCAUCUAACCCGUGGUCUGCACGCGCUCGGUCAUCCGCUGCUAGCGUCUCAGGUGGCUCAGUGCGUGCAUCGUCGCAAGGACCGCUCAAGGCCCAUGCUGAUGAAGCUGCUCCUGCCAAUGGCCCCCCGGUACAAGCUGCUCCUGCUCCUCCGGUUGACCCUGUUACCCCUGCUGCUCCCGUUGCCCCUGCUGCUCCUGUUGCCCCUGCUGCUCCUGUUGCCCCUGCUGCUCCUGUUGCCCCUGUCCCACAACAACCGCAGCCUGGAUCUCUUGGAGCGUGGGAACCGUCCGUCACGGGGUACAUUCCGCAUGAAGACAUGACCAAAUUGGUGUGCGAUUUCUUGUUCCAGCAUGUCGUUCUUCGAAAUGAUGUCGGUGCAGGUCCAGCAGGCUCAAGCGCUACUGGCCAAGGAGCUAUCAUUGAGGUAGAGGCCAAAUUGGGAAAGCACAUCGAUCAGGAUCGAAGAGAGAGAUUACAUCUACCAGUGAUGACGGAAACUGUUCUUAACAAAGAGAAUUCGCGUUUCCGGACGUCGUUUGAAAGCUCAAUGAGUUUGGCACAACACCGCGCAAUGAACAACUUCCUCAACGACAUCGUCAAAGCCGCCAUGCCCAACAACAACCCCGGCCGCAUCCCCCUCUCCUACGCCCACACAAAAGAACGCGAUACCUUCUACGAAGUCCCCCCAUCCGAGCUCCCCCCGAUGAUCAGACAAAACCUGAACCCGCGCCACAAGCCCCGAGUCCGAGUAACCACCGACCAAAGAACCGGCGAAAUCCUAGCCAAGAUCGUCAAAGUCCGAAUCGCAGAUCUAAACGUCCUCAGCCCCCGGACAUGUGUCGACUACCGGAUCAGUGUGAACCUGGAAAUGAACUUUGACGGCGACGUCAGCCAUCUCCCUGUUGUUGAUAUGAACUCGGAUGGCGGCAAGGCGCGGGAUCGGAAUAAGGACCGUAUGAGCUAUCGGCACUUGGCGUACCAGGUCGAUCUUACGCAGGUUGCCAAAGAGUCCGUGAAAAACGAAUUCGACCACGAACUCGAAGUCGAAAUCUCUGCCGACGAAAUCCGCCGCCAGGGACAACUAGCUAUGGCCGGGGAUCCCACGAACCAGUACGAAGAUCUUGUUAAAGGAUUCCUGGAUAAUAUACGGGUGUUGGCCAGAGCCAUACCGCUGCAAUAAUGUUCCGUCUUUUCUUCCUUUUUGUUAAACCAUUGCAGGCGUCUUAUACAACGUUACGUUUUCUCUGUUCAUGCAUUAUAGCCAUCGAGUUGUUAUGGGAUUAUCAUGGGUGGCCUGUCUGAGUUUUUUUUUUACGUCUCCGUUUAUCUUAGGCUCUUCUUACGUUCUGUAUGUGAACUUUCCUGUACUCUGUACUACGAUCAUAUCCUACGCUUCAUGUUAUCUGAAUUGUAUCAUCUCCUAUUACAAUAUCCUCGUCUUCUUAGUUCCAAACAAAUUAGCUGCUUGC